UUACAGAUUGUCACAUACGUCGGUCGUGUUUCUAUAAUUUGCUGUGCAUUUUCUUUUAUUUCUGUUAAAAUGUCAACGACAAGUGAUGAAACAAUAACCAUGGAAGUUCCACACAUUUAUGUUGAACAGACGCUUGCGUUAAUUAAGCCAGAUUGUAUCCACAACUCAGAAGAAAUCGAAGAUAUAAUUUUGAGAUCAGGAUUCGCUAUUAUCAAGAAACGAAGAGUUCAUUUAACACCAGAACAAGCUAGUGAUUUUUAUGCAGAACAUUAUGGAAAAUUAUUCUUCCCAAGUCUAGUUGCAUACAUGAGUUCUGGACCAAUUAUUGCUAUGGCAUUAAGUCGAGAUAGAGCUAUAUCAUAUUGGCGGGAGCUUAUUGGGCCAACAAAUACAUAUAAAGCUAGAAAUACACAUCCUGAUAGUUUACGAGCAAUAUAUGGUACAGAUGACCAGAGAAAUGCCUUACAUGGUUCAGAUAGUUUCUCUAGUUCCCAACGUGAAAUAAGAUUCUUCUUCCCAGACAGUAUUGUUGAACCUGUAGCAGUAGGACAAGCAGCUAAAGAUUAUCUCUCUAAAGUGGUUAAUCCCACAUUACUAAAAGGAUUAACAUCACUAUGUAAACAAAAACCACAAGAUCCACUUGUUUGGUUAGCAGAUUGGUUAAUAGAAAACAACCCAAAUAAACCCAGAGUUAUAAAUCAGGUUGUCCAGGAACCAAAUUAAAUUCGAAUUGACUUUCAAUUUUAACUGUAUAAAGAUCAUAUUUUAUUGUACAAAGAAUUCAUAUUUAUAGUAAAAAUUUGGACUUAAAUGUCUUCUUGUUUGUUUUUUAUACACAUCUAAAUUAUUAUGGAAACUUGAACUGUUCCACAACAGAUCUAGGACACCAAUGUUGCCCUGUAGUGUCACAAAGAUUUUAUCUUUUAUCCAGAUAAUUUAAAAACUAUUUGACCAUUGUUUUUGAAAGAAUUAUGCAAGUGUUUAAAAUAUCACAGUACAAUUUAUUACAUAUUACAAUAAAUAUAACAUUAAUAUUGAAACACAUAUCAUUUUACUUUCAUUACAAUGUACAAUGACUUCUGAUCUGACCCUAGACUUUCAAUUCCCAAAUUAAACAUUUUUCUCCCCAAUAUGACCAUUACUCUACACAUACUGUAUAACAUAUUUACACAUAUUGCACUCUUCUAAAUAUCAAUGAUCCCGAGCAUUUAAAACCAUGAUUUGAUAAGUUAAUAUCGACCCAAUAUAUGAAAUUAGAGCAAAAAUGUUAUAAAUUAUAUUUUCGGAUAAGUAGUCCAAUUAUAAUUGAAAUUUUUUUAGAAACAUAACAAUAAUAAAUACAUCCUGGUAUCAGAACUGUUGAAAGAUUCUAACAUUAUAUAAAGAUUCUAAAAUUAACCUUCUAUCAAUGUUUUUCUUGUGUUCUGGAAUCGGGUGAUACUUAAAACUAUUCCAACAUUCAAAUUAUUCCAUUCACUUCCCCAAUCUUGUCAAUAAAUAAUACCUGUAUAUAACACUGUUUCUCAAAUCAGGUAUGUCGUUUUACAGUAAAGUAUAUAGCUACUAUUAUUAUUAUAAUGAUAAAUAAAAAUAUUCCUAAUAAUAACACCCUAUUCUGGAUAAUUCUUUUCAUCAUUCCUGAUAAUACCCUGGAACUUUUUCCCAAAUUAGCAUUCAUGUCUUCUAACCUUUGCCUUGAUCUUGUGAUUGUUUGUCUUUGGCUGUUUAAAUUUUCUAAAAUAUCUCCACCCAUUUGUUCUACAAUAUAAUAUUACAAGUAAUUAAUCUUUCAAUGGUAUAUUAGAAUCACAAGAUAGAAAUAAAUUGUGAAAUAGCCUGCCUCUAAAAUAAAUUAUUAUUUCCUACCUCAAAAAUAAACUAGAUCCACAGACUUCGCGUGGUUCUGAAGCAGUGCGUAACAGUUUCGAUUUUACGCUUAAAACUGUGCCGCAAAGUAUCGUAACAGUAACAUAAUUUCCUAUCAUAAUUAACUGGAUAUAGAUCGCCCAAACGCAAAGCAUAUUCGACAGAUCCCUUCAACUCACAUUGCAUUCAACAACAGUUGAAGGGAGCAAACUACCUUUAUCGUUUAGACCACUAAAAAACAUAAAACAGGAAAACCGACUUUUUCAAGGAAAAAUUUAUCAAUUUUUAAUGGCGAUAAAAUCGGAAGUAAACACCGUACAAUAAACGU